AUGGCUAGGACACGCGCGACCGACCAUCGCCGAGCGCUCAGCGAGUCAGAGCAGCGAAAGUUCGACUCGGUCGACCAACAGCAACGGCAGCAGCAGCGGUUCUUCAGACCCGAUGAGAACCAGGAAUUCCAGCACGAGUGGCAUGGCCCCGUCCGUCGAUUCGAAAUCCUCAAGAGCGCGACCUUGGGACUGGUUUGCCCGCAGAACCUCUUGCUAACUGUCAUCGAUGUCGAUGCUGGGAUAGUCCAAACGGGCCAUCUGACCGACCUUUCGACACUACCUAGCUCCGGUAAUGACCCGGCCUUCGUGACCAGCAACAUGAAAUGGUGGAAACAAAAGCUUGUUCUCCCGCCUUCGUUUCAGGUCUUUCCCGGUACUGCACAUCACCGACACCCGCACCACAAGUGGCAGCGAGGCGGAGAUGUCCCUCGGGAAGGAAGCGAAGUUACUGGACUGCCACCGGCACCGCAGCAUGAGACUGCCAGGCAACUUUACGGAAACCCCAGCGCAGACCCCCUCAACGUCCUCGCGAAGUCCAAGUCCAGAAAGCGCUUCGAUGAUUCCAAACGGGAUGAUCCAUACCCUAUGGCAGAGAUCAAGUAUCAGGGAUGGCAGGGGUUUACUCGCAUGUCUAUCUCACUGACCCUGUACAACAUAACCCGGGACAUGCACUAUGCUCCUUCGACCAUGCAGGAGCCUCAGAAUACGACCAACGACAUCCGUUCCCACUAUUCCAUUACUCGCAGCGGCUGGAAGCGCGAGUAUAUCCUGACCAGAUCGUCGUCAUCGCUGAACUACAAAUGGCACUCUCCUGCAAGCCACAACAACCAGAUCCUCUCCAUACCGGCCGUGGACGACGGCUUUGACCUAGCUAAUGGGAAUCUUGUGCUUGAGGACCCUCAGGGGACUCUUGUGGCUGUGUAUAAACAGAGACGGGACCACGAGGUCUUGGGCACCUUAACGGUCUUCUUGGCAUAUGUCGCCGGCGGUGCAGGCAACGGGAGCCACGUCGAUGAGAACGGCCGUCAGUAUGUGCGCAGAAAUAGCCGUACAGAAAGCCUUGAUGAAAGAAUGUCUCUUGAGGCCGUGGUGGCGAGUUGCUUGGCCGUGGUCAUGUACGAGCGGGUCGGAUGGCAGAACCUCCUGGGAAACUGA